AUGCCCGCUGAAAGUACCCUACCUAUGGCUACCGGAAACGACGCUACGCCCCGCACGCUAAAGGCCUAUCUACCUGGACCGCAGGGCCAGAAUGCGUCUCAAGAGACUGUCGAAGAGCCCGAAACCCCGGAUGAAGAUGUCGCUCAGGACAAGGAUGGGAACCCGGCGAGGAAGAGGGUCAUGAUCACCAAGCUACCGCCCGAUGCUACUCUGGAGGAGCUGACGGACCUGCUCGACGGGUUUGGAGAAUGUGUAAUUGAGAAGAAGGCUCACGUUUCCGGUCGCUGGGGCUUCGCUCAUGUUCUGUUUCGAAGACUGAAGGAUGCCCAAGCGUUCUUGCGUCAGCAUAAACAGAAGAAGUUCCGCAUAGACGGCCAGACGAUCACAGUGCUAUAUUCCGACGCCGACCAGAAUGGCAAAAGCGAGGCCCUCUUCAUUCGCAAUCUGCCGCGCACUAUCACGAAGAAGGAGAUCUAUGAGCUCUUCAGACCUUAUGGCUACAUCCGCACUAUUGAUGUCGCUUGUGACCGCGAUUCGAAACCUAUUGGGUAUGCACACGUACGGUUUAGGGGGCCGCAGAAUUUGGGUCACCCCCGCGAAAAGUAAUAUCAAAUCGCCAACGCCAUUGCGAGUCCGUGCCCCAGAAGACGACAUACCCGCCGUUGAUGCGGACAGCUCGUACCCGACGUGGCCGCCGAAUCAUACACUCUGGGUGGGCGGCUUCCCCAAAGCGACGCGCUGGAGCGACCUGCGCACGAUGUUCGAGGUUUACGGCAAGGUGGAUGAUAUCAGCCUAAUCCGAAUGACAUCGAACUCUAGGGGAACGUACGCCCACGUCAGGUGUCGCUCACUGACGAUAGCGGAGCGCCUAAUGUCACGCCACGCAUGGAGACCAUUUAGAGUGUUCAUCUGCCGGAAGUCCUGCCCCGUCAUGCUCGAGUACGCCCCGCCGGCCCCGGUACACCAUGAACCGCACAACAAGCUGUUCGCGCGGAUGGUGGACGGCGACGAAACGGGCAUCCGGGCGCUGUUUGGGUCACACGCGCAGAAUAUACGCAAGAUCGAGUUCUACGACCAUUCUAAAGUCGAUCCAGUAAUUCGUGCUGCAUAUAUCGAAUUCGAUACGACGGAGGAGGCAACGGCCGCGAAGGAUGCAGUCAACCAACAGUCCGUCAACGGCAGGUCACGGCUUGUCCUUUCGUACGCCAAGAAGGGGCCAUCAGACGGCAAGUCGAAGAAGCCUUCCAGCCCAGUCUAUCUUCCCGUUCCCCAGUGGAAGUCGGUGUACGAGGGCGUGGAGAUUAGCCCAGAUGCUGUGGAGAGAAUGAAGAGCCUCGGCCUCAUGACUCCCCCCCUUCCGGAGUCCCAGAGGUAGUCUAGGGGUGCCGCUGCGCUCCUAUUGCUCUUGAGGGAAAUCUCCGCCUGAUCCAGUAUCACGUUUUUCGCGUAGGCAAACACACAUAUUCCAUGUCUAUGUCACAGCUAAAAGUUAAACGUUAAACACUUGUACAGGUGGAUACUAGCCUUUGUCGGAGGGGGGGGGGGUGAGUGAGCAGGCGAGCAACGAACUUCGAG